GUGGUGGUGGGUACACAAUCAAGGUCUUGGAUUGUGUCGUGCUAUGCGCUCGGUAUUUUCAUCCUAUUCUAUUCAACUUGAGCGAAGAAGCGAGUUGGAUUCAGUCGACUUUUACUUCUACUUGCGUAGUGAAAAAAUAUUUUUUUUUAAAAGUGCGCAGUAGUGUAGUAGUUAUAUAAAAGUAGUGUUUGGAUAUGGUUCGCUUCGGUCAGUUUUAGCCAUGUUUACAAUACGCGUUGUGCAAAAUUCUUCGGUUUUACAGAGUGUAUUUCGAAGAAUCAGCCUAGCAAACGGAGAUUUGCGAAUAUCAAAUUCGCACUGGUCUUCUCCGCUCGUUCUUUCGAACAAAAUUUUAGAGCAAGAGAAAUCCUGCAAUUGGCCGUCCAGAAAUAGGUCAGGGUCUUUUGGAUCAACAGCUGCUGUACUCAAUUUAAGAAAUAUGUCAACAGAAGCAGGUUCCUCUUCCAAAAGCCCCAAGACUAACAGAUUGAUUUUAGAAAAAUCACCAUAUUUGCUACAACACGCUACCAAUCCUGUCGAUUGGUUCCCUUGGGGCCAAGAAGCCUUCGACAAAGCAAAGGCUGAGAAUAAAUUGAUAUUCUUGUCUGUGGGAUACUCCACAUGUCAUUGGUGUCAUGUAAUGGAAAAAGAAUCGUUUGAAAAUCCUUCUGUGGCUGAAAUAAUGAAUAAGUAUUUUGUAAAUGUAAAAGUAGACAGGGAAGAAAGGCCAGACGUGGAUAAACUUUACAUGUCUUUUAUUCAAGCUACUGUUGGGGGUGGUGGUUGGCCAAUGUCGGUUUUCCUUACGCCUAGUUUAGAGCCGUUAGCGGGUGGAACAUAUUUUCCCCCGGAGGACAGCUACGGUCGCCCAGGAUUUAAAUCAGUUCUGAAGAGUAUUGCGGAACAAUGGAGGAAGAAGCAAACCGCUAUUCUCAACUCCGGAAAACACUCGGUUGAAGUACUAAAGAAAAUUUCCGAAAAAGAGCUAAGGGAUUGUCAGAGGAUAGAUAUUCCAGGUGAAGAUUCAUGGAAGAAAUGUCUCUUACAAUUGUCCAGGAGUUAUGAGUCCGAUUACGGUGGUUUCAGCCCAGCCCCGAAAUUUCCCCAGCCUUCAAAUUUUAAUUUCCUGUUUCACAUGUACGCGAGGAACAAAAAGGGUGAACAAGGAGUGCACUGUUUAGAGAUGUGUCUGCACACACUUAAAAAAAUGGCAUAUGGUGGCAUUCACGACCAUGUCAACAAGGGAUUUGCGAGGUAUUCCGUAGACGGCCGUUGGCAUGUGCCCCACUUUGAGAAAAUGCUUUACGAUCAAGCCCAGUUGGCAGUUUCUUACUGCGACGCAUAUGUACUUACAAAAGACGAAUUCUAUGCUGAUGUCGUACGAGAUAUUCUCACGUAUGUCUCCAGGGACCUCAGUCACGAACUUGGAGGAUUUUACGGAGCUGAGGAUGCCGAUUCCUAUCCCUAUGAAGGAGCUCCCCAUAAGAUGGAAGGUGCGUUUUGCGUUUGGGAAUAUGAUGAAAUCUUCAACCUGCUCGAUGAAGUAACAGACGGAAUAUCGCACGCUGAAGUGAUCGCUUACCAUUACAAUGUAAAGAAGGAAGGUAAUGUUAAUCCAUCACAAGACCCACAUAAGGAGCUGCAGAAGAAAAAUGUUCUUGUCUGUUUCGGUUCGUAUGAAAGCACCGCAAGUAAAUUCGGUAUCACCGUCGAAAAACUCAAAGAAAUUUUGGAGAAAUCUCAUCAAGUCUUAUACGAGGAGAGACAAAAGAGGCCAAAGCCUCAUGUCGAUACAAAAAUAGUGACUUCGUGGAACGGUUUGAUGAUUUCAGGGUAUGCUAAGGCCGGAUUUGUGUUGAAAGACCAGACCUAUAUAAACAGGGCUAUUCAGGCUGCCAGCUUCAUCAAGAAAUUCUUGUACGACGAGGAAGACAAGAGUCUGCUGAGGUGUUGCUAUCGAGGGGAUGACAGCCAGAUUGCGCAAACGCCCAACCCGAUUGUAGGCUUCUUAGACGAUUAUGCUUUCCUGAUCAGAGGCCUUUUAGACCUGUACGAAGCAUCUCUUGAUGCCGAUUGGUUACAGUGGGCUGAAACUUUACAGGAGCAGCAGGAUGCAAAAUUCUGGGAUGCCAAAGGCGCUGGUUACUUUACCAGCCCUGAGGGAGACGCCUCUAUCUUGAUUCGUGGAAAGGAAGAUCAAGACGGCGCCGAACCGUGCGGCAACUCCGUCGCCGUCCACAACCUGAUCCGGCUUGCCGCCUACCUUGACAGGCAGGACCUGCGGGACAAGGCCGGCAGGACUCUGACCGCCUUCUCCGACCGGCUCCGGUCCAUUCCGGUAGCCCUGCCGGAGAUGACGUCCGCCCUGAUGUUCUACCAUAACUCACCCACACAGGUCUUUAUAGCGGGCCAGACCGAGGACAACCACACACAGGCCCUCCUAGACGUCGUCCGCUCGCGCUUCCUCCCCGGCCGCAUCCUGGCCAUCGCCGACGGUCCUGGCGGCCGCGCCGGCCUGCUGUACCGCCGCCACGAGACCCUGUCUCGCCUGCGGCCCAUCCAGGGCAAGCCGGCGGCUUACGUGUGCAGGAACUUCGCCUGCUCGCUGCCGGUGACUGAGCCUGAUGAGCUGGCCACGUCCCUGGAUGAUGGCAACGGCCAGAAGAGGGGCACCGAGUGAAAGCUUCGUCGGAGACGAUGCUAGAGAUAGGUGUAUAGGUUUUACUCGCGCUUGAGUGCCUGUAGGUGUGGGGAAAUUCGAUCUUGUUGCUGAAAUUACUGUCGCUAAGUUCAAAAUCAAAGCGAUUAUAUUAGUUUUAUCUUCACUCGCGAAAUUUUUCGUUAAUUUUUACAAGUACUUCAAUUUAUUUUUUAUCAAACUUUAGGAGAAGAUAAUCAUAAAAUAAUGAUAAUUUCUUAACAUAUAUUUUACUCGAAACAGGUUUUUUCUUUAGUACAAUGCUCUAUUGUUGAAAUUUUCAUGAAUAUUUUUAAGUAUUUUCUAAACGAUUUCAGCUUUUUAGUUUUAUCUGUCGCAGAAAGUGCAGGGGGGUGUUAUAUUACACAGAUUGAAUAUAAAAAUUACGUAAUGUAAUAAAACUACCCGGUAUGGCAGCUGUAAGAGUAAAUUUUUAUGCGUUUAUCUUUCAAUAUGCCGAUUACGUUGAUAGGAAUCCCAGUCCAACAAAAUAGUUCACAAACACGAUAUUUUAUUACUGUUUAAUGUUUAAUAAAUUAUUAAUUACGCAUGUUGUUAAUGGGCGAGAUGAAAGCAACGAGUCACGGGUUAUGAUGCAAAUCAUAUGUACACAUUGCGUCAAACUCUGUUACUAUUAAAUAAUAGUGCGGCUGAGUUCCAAUGUUUGUCUGACAAUAUAGGCCUUAAAUCGAAUGGAAAAUUAAUAAAUGAAAUAUAAAUAAUGAUUCGUUUGAAAAAAUUAACCUAAAGAACACCUACAGUGAAUAGGAAAUUCUAGAUUCUGGAGCGAAAGUGUAUUUUUUGCAAUUUUUCUUAAAAUUAUUUUAGUGCAAUUUUCUAUUGAAACGUCUUUAUAAGAUAUUUUAUUCGGAAAUGGUCAAAUUUUAGUGAAAAUUAAAUAGCGCUUUUUUAUUGUAAAAUGAGCAGAUUCAAAGAAAUAAUUUAAUUUUUUAUCAAAAGUGUAUCCAUUUUGUUUUAAUAAUAGAAUCAUCUGUUACCUUCCCUUUUCUACUGCACUGAUAAAACUGUAAAAAGCAAGUAUUUUAUUCCUUUAAACUUUCUUCUAAGCUCCUUGUUUCAAAAAAGGUUUUGGAAUGUAGUACAUACUCAAGUGUGUCUAAGAAUGGAGUUGAAAAAAUAAUUUUUAUUAAAAAAAAUUGUACUCAGAUGUACAAAAACGUGGGCCAACAUAUACAGGGUGUAAGAAAUAUAGUUCUCGAUUUUAUACUUAUAAUAUUUAUGUUCUCUUCAUAACAAAAUAAACAUGAGAUCAGUUGAGAAAUACAUAAAUAACCGAUCAUUUUCGGCCAUUUAAUAUAUAGCCUGUAUAUAUUAGAUCCCCAGAUUAGGUCCCCAGAUCGUACAAAAAACAUGAAGUUGAUAUUAUGGAAAAUGAUUAAAACAUAAUUUGUAGCAUAUUUUCAUUUCUUAAUAUCCAAUUAAUUCUAUUAAGUUUGUUAAGAGCAAACAUUUUUUUCUGUGUAGGUAAUCUGCCUCGUAUAAAACACCAAAAAAAUUUAUUGGGAAGUUAUUCAUGUAAUAUUUGAAGAUAAUCGACCUACAUUAAUAUUUUUGAUUUGACAAAUCGUUGACUUAUAACAUUAACUACAUUUUGUACAAAGUAAACCGAUUAUUUUUUCUGUAUCUUGUACGAAAAUAGCACUUUACCAUAUGGUGGGCCAUUAGUGUGAGAAAGUAAAAUAAUUCCUUUGUCACUCAUAAUAUAGAAAAAAAGUUUAU